AUGGACAGCUCAGGCUCCAAGUACAAUGGUGCUGAAAGAAAUACAUUUUUAUCUCGAGUCUUUGGGCAACACUCAACCGUGGGGAACUCUAUGGGCAACACAGAAAUGACACAAAUAAAUCCCACCAGUGAACGAUCUUCGUUGCACCAUGACGAUUUGAGAAUCAUAGAAUCGGAUCAAGGUAGUACUUCAGAGGAAGAAGCCGGGUCUGAACGCGACCAGAACCGAGUACAGGCUUUCGAUGGGAUUCGGAGCGUGGUUUUAGAUCCAGAUUCUGAUCUUGAAAGCUCCAGCAGUAGCGAUGUGUCGCAUAGUUCAAUAGCAAAAAUAGGUCAAAACGAUACCAGUGAUGACAGCGACCAUCGAGAAUCGCAAAUUCCGGAUAACCUUGAUGACGAGUCAGGCAGGAACACUGAUGACAACUCUCCCUUAUACAAGCAGAACAUACAAUCUGUGAAUUUUAAACUCAAUUCCCCUGUACCGGCUGGACCGAUAGGGGGAACUGCGGCUGAAGGUUCAAAGAGUAAUGGCAAGUUCGCUAACACCUUCACUAACAACAGAAGGCACUUUUUAAAAUUUGGGCAAAACGAUACCGCCCAGGAAGAGAGCUUCCUAUUUCGGAAAAAUUCUGUGUGGGAUGAAGAAAAACAGCAACGGCAAAAGUUCCAACCUAGCGUUCCUCGCAUUUUCAAUGAUUUUGCCAACAUUACUCAAACCCCAGCAACACGUUUGAGUACAUUAAGUUCGCGCGAGAGAGCUCUGUGGAAAUGGGCUAACGUAGAAAACCUGGACAUUUUUUUGCAAGAGGUUUACCAAUACUACUUAGGUAAUGGAUUUUACUGUAUUUGCAUCGAAAAAGCUCUCAACAUCGCCACGCUACUUUUUGUAGUUUUCAUCUCAACAUACUUGGGGUGUUGCAUUGACUACUCUAAACUGCCAACUAGUCACAGGAUGUCGGAGGUUCGUAUCCAAAAAUGUUAUAGCACGCAGAUUACAGGGACUACUAAGGCUUUGUUAUGGGGAUUUUAUAUUUUUGUGGGGUUGAAGUUGGUACAAUUCUACUUUGAUGUCAAAGCUCUAAGGGAUACUCAUAAUUUUUAUUCUUCCCUACUCAAUAUCCCUGACAAGGAUUUGCAGACAAUUGCGUGGCAGAAUGUGAUCAAGCAAAUUAUGCUUUUAAAGGAUCAAAAUGCAGUAACGGCCAAUGUGGUAGAAGUGAAAGCCAAGAAUCGCAUUGACGCACACGAUGUAGCAAACAGAAUUAUGCGGAAAGAAAAUUAUUCGAUUGCGUUAUUCAACAGCGACGUGCUUGAUCUGUCACUACCCAUACCUCUAUACCGCACCAGCACAUUAACGAAGACUCUUGAGUGGAACCUGAAUCUUUGUAUAUUAGGGUUCGCCUUUAAUGAAGCAGGUUACCUCAAACAGAGCUUUUUGAAACCAUCUCAAAGAGGAUACUUGGAGGAAGAGCUGCGUAAGAGGUUUAUGCUGGCAGGGUUUUUAAACAUAAUCUUAUCUCCCUUUCUGGUGGCUUACUUUGUACUACUGUACUUUUUUCGGUACUUCAACGAAUACAAGACAAGUCCUAGUGCUUUGAGUUCGAGGCAAUACACUCCGAUAGCAGAAUGGAAAUUUAGGGAAUACAACGAGUUAUAUCACUUGUUUCAAAAGAGAUUAGGGCUAAGUGCAGAAGUUGCGAGUGAAUAUGUCGAUCAGUUUCCUAAAGAAAAGACAAAUUUAAUAAUGAAGUUUGUGGCCUUCAUAUCGGGAUCUUUUGUUGCCAUUCUCGGUUUACUGACGGUGUUUGACCCUGAAAACUUUUUGAACUUCGAGCUUUCGCAUGAAAAGUCGGUCCUAUUUUAUAUUAGUGUUUUUGGUACCCUAUGGGCGGUUUGCAGGAGUUCUGUGUCAAACGAAUAUAAGGUAUUCGAUCCCGAGGCUGCUUUAAAAGAAGUGGCUGGGUAUCUUCAUUUCAACCCAAAGGAAUGGGAUGGAAAGUACCACACAGAGGAAGUCAAACAAGAAUUUUGUAAGCUUUUCAACUUGAGAAUUAUCUUACUACUUAGAGAGCUGGCAAGCCUGAUAAUGACCCCAUUUAUUCUGUGGCUUUCUCUGCCCAAGGCCUCUGGCAAAAUUGUGGACUUUAUAAGAGAGGUGUCAGUCUACGUCGACGGCUUAGGGUAUGUGUGCAAAUACGCUACAUUCGAAGUCCGAGAACGUCAUUCAAAAACUUCGGAGGAGCAACCUUCUCAUGGCACAAAGCGCUCCAAACGUUCAGGGAAUAAUUUCAUUUCCGCCAAGGAUGAAGACACUGCAGAUUCUGAGAGCGAAGAUGAUGAUAAAAGUAUGGGCAAAAUGAUGCGUUCUUAUAUGUACUUCCUGGACAGUUAUCAGAACAACGAUAACGCCGUCGGAAAACAUCAACUACCCAAAACCUAUAGUACUCCCAAGGACGCUGGCCAGUCAGCAUGGCUGAAUACAAAUUACUCUUGGAAAAGACAAUUCCAACCCGGACAACGGCCAGAGGACUUUAGAUUAAGAGCCAACAACGAUUUGACGAGUAGAAAGACGUCAAAGUCGCACAUGAAGUCUAAGUUGAGAAAUGACAAGAUAGAUGAAAGCAGAUCGCGAACUAAAGUUGACAGCACUUUGGGUGAAUCUUUCAUAAAUUCGAUUCCCCUCGGAGAUUACAAUCAGAUGGAUGUUUCUGAUGAUAAAGCAGGUAGAAACGGAGUUCUUGGCCUACUCAAUCAAUACUACAAAAAGCCAGACGUUGGUAGAUAA